AUGACGGAAAAAUCAUCUCGUUUUCUUUCAUUGGAAGAUUCUCCCGAUGACUGGGAGCUUCUCGAAGCAUUAGAAGUGAGUCCCUCAACAACAAAAAGGAAAAAGAGUGACACAAAGGAUGAUUUCAUUAAGGGUUUUGAUCGCACUACUGAAGUUAAAAAUGAAGAAAAUGUUGGCGAAAAAUCAUCCGGUGUACGGGCUGAAAUACAGGAAAGAGAUAAGAAGAUAGAUCCUUCUUCUUCUUCUUAUGAUGAUGAUGAUGAUAACCGUCCGCCUGAAGCUGAAAAGCGGAGUUAUGGAUGUCAGAACUGCUCUAGUAUUGAUGGCGAGGGAUCAGUGACGAGCUCCAGGUUUUUAUUGCGUGAUCGGACACGAUCGUGUGCCUCAGCUGCGGAGGAGAUUUUUAUGCGACAAUUCGAAGAAGACGAAAGUGGACAAUUUAUAUCGUCUUCGUCAAUAUUUCCCUCAGAACCUAAUGUGGAUAAAUCCCUUAUGGAUGAGAGCGAGGAUUUUAUUCCUUAUGGUUGUACCUUUGGUGCUACUCCGUUUGGUUCAAAAAAUGUCAAUGAUUACUCUGACGAUUGUAAAGAGCUCAUCCUCUGCUUUGGAAUGUGUUGCUGGGAUUUUAUCUCUCAUUUGUUUCUGUCAAUAGAUGCUGUCAGUAAGUGGUUAUUACUAACGUCUACAGCAUCUGUGGCUAUUUGGGUCGUUGCAUGGAUUUGGUAUGAGCCGCACGAUAUCAACACCUGUAGUCUUUUGAAUAUUCUUGGAAAAGGAGCUGUAUUUAUGCAAGUACUGUUAUUUGGUGUAGGACCCCCACUUUUCAUAAUAGGAAUCUUGUUACCAUUCAAGACGUUUGGUGCAACCACAGCGGAACCAACUUGGAGUGAAACAGAGGAAGAAGAUGUUUCUGAGGAAAAGACAAAGAAUAAUAAAGAUGAUAAUAAUAAGGAUGAAACUCAGAACCAACCUGAAACAUCUUCAAAUAUGCAGAAAACUGAUAUGACGAUGUUCUUACGUUGUUUUUUCAAAACUAGAGAAGAAGAAGAAGAAAACAAUGAGGAUGUUCAAAAUGAAGAAGAUGGUAUACACGUAAAAAAAUCAUCCAGGCUGGUAAUUCGAUUGGGUUCAGUUGUGUUGUUGUGCAUAAGUGUUGGAGCAAUAACCCAGUCGGUAAUACUUUACUGUUCGUGA